CAAAGUUUUUUAAACAAUUAUUAGGUGAUAGUUUUUUAGAAUGUUAAUCGAUAAAUUAAAAAAUAAAAAAACUCUUGCAAGUUGCAAACUUGAAGCCAAGUCCAAGUCGGGGCAUUAGAGAACAAUGUCCAGCCCAGAGGGGAGGCGGAGGCUAGACUGGCCUCGUAGUGGAAAUUUCUACGUCCACGCUAUUAAGCAUUAAAGGCCCUUUGCAUAAAAAUCUCCGGCGGUGGACCUCACAGCGUCUAGUUAUUACCAAUUCAACACAGCCACUCCUCCAUUCUGCAUGUAUAUAUAGGCCAAAAGACAUCUCAUCUUGGCAUCCUCAUUGAGCUAGCUACUUCAUUGCAGAGAUAAGAGAAGGUUUUACAGAAAGAAAAAUGGCAAGGUUUAGUAGUGUGGCUUUUGGGUUUGUGGUGGUGGUUUUGUUGCAAUGUGCGGCGGCACAGACGGUGCAUGUGGUGGGGGAUAACUUAGGUUGGGGCAUUCUAACUGGUGGUGCUCAAGCUUACACUGACUGGGCUAAUGGCAAGAAUUUCGUUGUUGGGGAUGUUCUGACUUUCAAUUUCAAGACCAACGAGCACGACGUACUCCAAGUCCAGAAGGCAUCAUUCGAUGCUUGCUCUUCCUCAAAUCCUAUCGGAGAUGUAAUCACCACCGGUCCAGUGAACAUCACCCUGGACGCUGCUGGCGAGAAUUAUUUCAUGUGUACAUUUUCUCAGCAUUGUCAACUAGGCCAGAAACUAGCCAUUACUGUCUCAUCAUCAGGAGGAACACCGCCCUCCACCACCCCAAGGCUUUCCCCACCACCAACCACUCCUUCACCCAAAAACACCCCAGCCAUUUGCCCGCCAGAUGCCCCAGCAGGUGCCCCCACAAGCCCUUCAACUCCCCGAGCAAUGGGCCCUAACACUCCUCCUUCACCAGGAUCUUCAUCUUCUGAAAUCCUAGCUGGUAUUUGGGUUUCCAUGUUGGCUGUUAUAAUGGGCUUGUUAUUGUAG